UUGCGGGCAGCGCGCCCUGGCCAUGCAGAGCAGACUGCGGAUCUUCCACCCGCAAGGAGCUCAGCCAUGUGGCCCCCCAGCCAUCGUAGGCUCUGCUUGGCCUUCCUGGUAGUGUGUAUUUUCUCAGCAAUUUCCUUCGUCUUCCAUAUCCACCAAGAUCUCUUUCGAAAUGGCCUACACCUGUCUGUCCUGUGUCCAGACCACCACCUGGUGACAUCCCCUGUGGCCAUCUUCUGCCUGCAGGGCACACCGCUGGCCCCCAAUGCCUCUUCCUGUCCUCCAAACCCUGCUUCCCUCUCAGGAACCUGGACUAUCCACCCAGAUGGCCGGUUUGGUAACCAGAUGGGGCAGUACGCCACACUGCUUGCCCUGGCCCAGCUUAAUGGCCGCCGCGCCUUCAUCUUGCCAGCCAUGCACGCUGUCCUGGCCCCUGUCUUCCGCAUCACCCUACCCGUACUGGUGCCCGAGGUGGACCACCACACGCCUUGGCAAGAGCUGCAGCUACAUGACUGGAUGUCAGAGGAAUAUGCCCACUUGAAGUAUCCUUUGCUGAAGCUCUCUGGCUUCCCCUGCUCUUGGACUUUCUUUCACCAUCUUCGGGAACGGAUCCGCAGCGAGUUCACCCUGCAUGACCACCUUCGGGAGGAGGCCCAGAGUUUUCUAAGUCAGCUCCGCCUGGGCCACACUGGAGAGCGCCCGAGCACCUUCGUGGGUGUACAUGUGCGCCGCGGUGACUAUCUGCACGUGAUGCCCCAUCGCUGGAAGGGUGUGGUGGGCGACCAGGUCUACCUCCAACAGGCCAUGAACUGGUUCCGGGCACGGCAUGAAGCCCCCAUCUUUGUGGUCACCAGCAAUGGCAUGGAAUGGUGCCAGGAAAACAUUGACACCUCUCAGGGCGAUGUGAUCUUUGCUGGCAAUGGGCAGGAGGGUUCACCAGGGAAAGACUUUGCGUUGCUCACACAGUGCAACCACACCAUUAUGACGAUUGGCACCUUUGGUUUCUGGGCUGCCUACCUGGCUGGUGGAGACACUGUCUACCUGGCCAACUUCACUCUGCCAGACUCUGAGUUCUUGAAGAUCUUUAAGCCCAAGGCUGCCUUCCUGCCUGAGUGGGUGGGUAUUAAUGCAGACUUGUCUUCGCUCUAG